GCCUUAUAUUAUAUAGUUUAUCAUUUUUGCAUUAUCUUAUAAAAAAUGAAUUGUCAAAGUAAACUAAAAAAAGUGAAAAAUAACAAAUUCCUGUAAAAAUUCAUAUUCGUAUAUUAUCUUAUGAUUUUUUUAAUAUAAUAUAAAUUAUUCGACUAUAUAACACCAAAGAACAAAUUUUGAAGGAAGUAAGAUAGAUUAAUGAAACUGAUUGAGUUGAUUGAGUUGGUCUAGUGGUUCACCACGUCAUCCUUUAAGAAAGUGGUCCUCUUGCAAAUGCAAAUAGAAAAAAGUACUCCCUCCGGUCCUUAUUACAAGAAACAAUUGACUUUUUUGGUUCAUAGAAUAAUUAAUGUAUCUUUUACUAAAUAUAGACUAGAUACAUCAAUUACAUAAUGAACCUAAAAAGUCAAAUGUUUCUUAUAAUAAGGACCGGAGGGAGUAUUAGUCAGCCUCUUGCCACUCUGACAGUGGGGUGAAUGAUUAGGCUCAUGGUUGGUUGGUUGUGAGAUACUUUGGUUAACACUAAAAAGAGAAAAAGAUAGAAGAAUAAUAAGGCAAAAGGAAGAAUUUGAAGGCUUGAAAAGGAAAGUAGAAAAUAAACAUGCAUGGUCAACGGAACAAAAUUGUCAAACCCAUAAAGAAACCAUUGAAAUUACAAGUGAGAUUAAUUUCCUCUCCACUCUCUUUUGUAUUGAGAUCCGUUGAUUUCGCACUCAAACAAACAAAUAACACAAACCAACUUCAUUUUCGCGCACUCUAAAAAAAACUACCUGUCUUCACCUUUCAAAUUUUCAAUGCUCUUCCUUCACUCUCCAAUUGUUUCUUUCUUCUAUUUUCUCCUCAUUUCAAAAACUCACAAAUCAGAGAUUAAUCAAGUUUUGCGGUUAAAGUUCUGGAAUAAUAAAAUGAGUAAUGAAAAACCCUUGAAACCAUUUGUUUUGUUGAUUCAUGUUCAUCACAGAAACAGAACAUAAACAACAAGGGAUCAUAAUAGUAGUUGUAGUAGUGGAUCAUAGUGAUGGAACAGAAAAGCAUUUUGAUAUCAGCAUUGGGUGUUGGGGUGGGAGUGGGCGUGGGGAUUAAGUUGGCUUCUGGACAAAAUGUUGGCAAAUGGGGAGCGAAUGAUUGUUCCUCGAGCGCCAUUACGGUCGAGAAAAUGGAGCACGAAAUGCUACGGCUAGUUGUUGAUGGCAGAGAGAGCAAUGUCACUUUUGAUAAUUUCCCUUAUUAUCUCAGUGAGCAAACACGGUUGUUGCUGACAAGUGCUGCCUAUGUCCACUUAAAGCAUGCAGAUGUUUCAAGACAUACCCGGAAUCUUGCUCCUGCAAGCCGGACUAUCCUACUCUCAGGGCCAGCAGAAUCUUACCAACAGGUUCUUGCCAAGGCUUUAGCUCACUACUUUGAGGCGAAGUUGCUUCUGUUAGAUUUAACUGACUUCUCAUUGAAGAUACAAAGUAGAUAUGGUUUUGCCAACAAUGAAUCUUCUUUCAAAAGAUCUACUUCAGAGUCAACUUUGGACCGACUAUCUGACCUAUUCGGGUCUUUCUCAAUAUUUCCACAAAGAGAUGAGCCUAAAGUUCCAGGAAAUAUCCACAGGCAAAGCAGUGGAGUGGACCUCCGAUCAAUGGAGCCUGAAGGAUCUUGUAAUCCUCCUAAACAUCGGAGAUAUUCGUCCGCAUCUGCAAAUAUUAGUAGCCUUGGUUUGCAAAGCAAUCCUACAAAUUCAGCUCCUCUGAAGAACGUUACCAACUGGUCUUUUGAUGAAAAGAUUCUCAUUCAGACUCUUUACAAGGUUUUAGUUUAUGUGUCAAAAACCUUUCCCGUUGUGCUAUAUCUACGGGAUGUUGAUAAGUUGUUACAUAGAUCGCAAAGGAUGUAUAAACUAUUCCAGCAACUGUUGAAGAAAUUAUCUGGACCAAUUUUAAUUCUUGGUUCACAAGUUCUGAAUUCUAGUGAUGAUUGCCUAAAAGUGGAUGAGAGGCUUACUUCCCUCUUCCCCUACAACAUUGAAAUCAUGCCACAAGAAGAUGAAUCUAACCCUGUCAGCUGGAAAUCUCAAUUUGAAGAGGAGGUUAAGAGGAUACAGACUCAGGAUAACAAAAACCAUAUCAUGGAAGUGCUCGCAGCCAAUGAUCUUGAUUGUGAUGACCUGAAUUCCAUCUGUGUAGCAGACACAAUGAUUCUCAGUGACUAUAUAGACGAGAUUGUCAUGUCAGCAGUUUCUUAUCAUUUAAUGAAUAACAAAGAUCCUGAGUACAGAAAUGGGAAACUCGUUAUUCCAUGCAGUAGUUUGUCCCAUGCAUUCGGUAUAUUCCACGAGGGAAAAUUCAGGGGAGGAGAUACAUUAAAAUUAGAAGCUCAAACAAUAACAUCGGAGAGAGAGGAAGGGGCUGUUGUGAAUCCAGAAGCAAAAUCUGAAAAUCCUGCUCCUGAUAUAAAGGCUGAAGCAGAAAGACCAACUUUAGUCGAAAAAACUGAAGGUGAAAAUUCAGUUCCUGCACCCAAAGCUGAAGUUCCUCCUGAUAAUGAGUUUGAGAAGCGAAUAAGGCCUGACGUAAUACCAGCAAACGAGAUCGGUGUAACAUUCUCCGAUAUUGGUGCCUUAGAUGAGACCAAAGAAUCGCUACAAGAACUAGUAAUGCUUCCUCUCCGAAGGCCAGACCUUUUCAGUGGCGGCCUUCUAAAGCCUUGUAGAGGAAUAUUACUAUUUGGGCCUCCUGGCACCGGAAAGACAAUGCUAGCAAAGGCCAUUGCAAACGAGGCUGGAGCGAGUUUCAUCAAUGUAUCCAUGUCCACCAUCACCUCUAAAUGGUUCGGUGAAGAUGAGAAGAACGUUCGUGCUCUAUUCACACUGGCAGCCAAAGUCUCCCCAACUAUUAUAUUUGUUGAUGAGGUUGACAGUAUGCUUGGGCAGCGAACAAGAGUAGGGGAGCAUGAAGCCAUGCGUAAAAUAAAGAAUGAGUUUAUGACACUUUGGGAUGGGCUUAUGACAAAACCAGGGGAGCAAAUCCUUGUUCUUGCUGCAACCAAUAGGCCAUUUGACCUGGAUGAGGCAAUUAUCAGACGAUUUGAAAGGAGAAUUAUGGUAGGACUACCAUCUGUGGAGAACAGGGAAAAGAUAUUGAAGACUCUUGUGGCUAAAGAAAAGGUGGACGAGAAACUUGAUUUUCAGGAACUCGCAACUAUGACAGAAGGAUAUACCGGAAGUGAUCUAAAGAACUUGUGCACAACUGCUGCUUAUAGGCCUAUUAGAGAGUUGAUACAACAAGAAAGACUAAAGAGUUUGCAGGGGAAAAAGCAGGAAGAUGUUGAAGGACAAUAUAACAAUGUCCAUGAUGAGCAAGGAAAGCAAUAUGCAACAAGAAAUGGCAACGAUGCUGAGGACGCAGAAGAGGAAGUCGAACAGGAAAGAGUUAUUACCCUAAGGCCUUUGAAUAUUCAUGACUUCAGAGAGGCAAGGAGUCAGGUCUCCGCAAGCUUCGCAUCUGAGGGGGCUGGAAUGAGUGAAUUGAAACAGUGGAAUGAUUUGUAUGGGGAAGGUGGUUCAAGGAAGAAAGAGCAGUUAUCUUACUUCCUUUGAAAAUUACCAAAGUAAGAAAGCAAUUAGGAGUUUGUCACUGAUUAUACAUACGUGUAUAAGUUUCAAUUGUAUCUUUUAGCAAUGUUUGGUUUUAUUUUUUUACCAUAGGAUAUGAGCAUUGUUGUAACUAAUAGCAUAGCUUAACUAAGAGUUUUCUCUAACCCUCUCACACAACACCCAUUUUCUACACGUAUCAGUACAAUGAGCACUGAUACGUGGAUAUACAAUUUUUAUCCGACACCCUUCUGACAUACUUCACAUUAGUGGCGGCGACAAACAUUUGCAACCCGUUAAUGUGUAUGGAAAAAUAUCUAACAAAACUGUUUGUUGGCCAUCA